AUGAAACUGCUUCCAAAAGGAUCCAAUUUUCACAAGGGUCUUCGUGGAUUGGAUGAGGAUGAGGAUGAGAAUGAGAAUGAGGACGACGAGGAUGAUGAGGACAACAAGAAGAGCGAGUCUGAGGUGGAGAAUAUGGUUGAUGGGAACUGUUAUGAUAAGCUUGUUCGAAUCAAGCGUAUCAACAUAGCAGGUGGUAGAUGGAUUGAUAAAUUGGGCCCCUGGGCCGAAGUAAUUCUGCACCUCAAUGGUCGUCCUCACUGGCCCGACGGAAAGGGAUGUGGUUGGAGUGAUCAAUCCUAUACUUGGGGAGGUAGAUAUUAUUGCUAUGUCCCAAAUGGUGGAAGCACGGCGAUCAAGAAAGAUACUGUUGAAUGGGAACAAGCGGGCAGCGGAGACUAUCUCUCUUCGAGUGUCACGGAACUCGAUGAUUGGCAAGAUGACGCGUACGGAGUCGAGGCCCCACCAAGCAAGUGGUUUUCUUCUACUUGCAAAAACUAUGACGUCAUGUUGACCUUUGACUAUGCGGCAAGGCGACAGUCAGAGAGUUGCAUCUCUGGCAAGGCCGCGCUUGAAGCUGGACAAGGUGCUACGGCCUCUCUGGAAGCAUCAUAUGAAAGCUGUGAGACAGCUUCACUUCCCACCCAAGGCUAG